ACUUUGACCCGCGGCAGUGCACGCUGUUGGUCACCGUCAGUGAACCAACGUGGAAACUGUUACUGUAAAAACUUAAUUAUUUUAGGGUACAUUGAUUGUGGCAGAGACUAAGUGUCUCAUGUCACAUUCCGCCUGGACUUUUUAAGUCGACUCGUCAGCACGACUCAAAGAUGGGGAAGCCACAGAAGAAGAGGAGCCUUGCCGAUAAGGUCCGUAAGACCAAGACCUCUACUGAGAUCAAAAACAACCCGUUUGAGGUGAAAAUUAACAGGAAGAAGUUUGAAGUUCUGGGGAGGAAAUCCAAGCAUGAUGUGGGUCUGCCUGGUGUGUCUCGAUCCAAGGCCAUUAAUAAGAGAAAAGAAACCCUCUUGAAAGAAUACAAACAGAAGAACAAGUCCAGCAAGUUCAUCGACAGACGCUUGGGAGAGUACGACACCAAGAUGGCACCAGAAGACAAAAUUCUACAGAGGUUUGCAAUAGAGAGACAGCGUGCCCAUGACAAGAAGGACAUGUACAACCUGAAUGAGGAGGAGGAGCUGACUCAUUACGGACAGUCGCUGGCCGAAAUGGAGAAAUUCAAUGAUAAUUUGAAUAGUGAUGAUGAGUCAGAAGAGAAAGGACUUUUGUCUGCUGAGCUGACUGCCUCCCACUUUGGAGGAGGAGGCCUCCUUCGAAGGAAAAGUGAUCAGCCUGACGAGGAGGGAAUCCAGCGAGCCAAAUCCAGACAGGAGCUCAUAGAGGAGCUCAUCCAGAAGUCCAAGCAGGAGAAGCGGGAACGGCAGGCGCAGAAAGAGGAGGCACAGGAGUUGACUGAAAAGCUGGAUCAGGACUGGAAGAGCAUCCAGAUGCUGAUGGUGCAGAAGACACCCAAAGCUGAAAAAGAGGAGGAGAAGCCCAAGCUGGAAGAGUACGACAUGAGGGUCAGGGAACUCGGCUUUGAGAUGAAGGCUCAGCCCUCAGAGAAAAUGAAGACCCCAGAGGAGCUUGCCAGGGAGGAGAGGGAGAAGCUGCAGAAGCUGGAGUCAGACCGUCUGAGGAGGAUGAUGGGCGAGGAAGCUGGCAGCAGUGCACCAACACAGAUCCACAUGUCUGCAGAUGACCUUAAUGACGGUUUCAUUCUGGAUAAAGAUGAUAAGAAGACUCUGGCUUAUCAGGAUGGUCUAUGGAACAUUGCAGAAGAGGGCGGAGGUGAAGAUGGAGAAGAGGGAGAGAGUGGUGAGGAUGAUGAAUCGGAGGCAGAGGAGCAAGAUGAAGAUGGAGAAAAAAACGAAGAAGGAGAAGAGGAAGAGGAAGAAGUGGAUGAGGAGGAAGAGGGCGAGGAGGAGGAGGAGGAGGAGGAGGGCAGCAGUGAAGAAGAAGGAGAAGAUGGCCACUCUGACUUGGACUCUGAGCAAGAAAGUGAGGAUGACGGGAGAAAACAGGAUGAUGAAGAGAACAAUGCCACACAGCAGAAGAGCCUGAACCAAGAGGAGAUGAAGGCUCAACAGGAGGCAGCUAAAGCAGAGCUCCCAUACACAUUCACUGCUCCAGAGAGCUACAGCGACCUGAAAGAUUUGCUCUGUGGCCACACCCCAGACAACCAGCGCCUCAUUGUGGCCAGGACUCAGAAGUGCAACCACCCGAGCUUAGCUGUCGGCAACAAGCUUAAGCUGCAGAAACUGUUUGGCUUUCUGUUGGAGUACGUUGGAGAACUGGCCACUUGGAGUCCACCUGAACUCAGCACCAUAGAUAAACUCAUACCAGAGUUGUAUACCCUCUGUCAGAUGUUCCCUGAAGCAGCCUGUACGUCCAUGCAGGGCUUUUUUGCAGAUGCUGGUCACAGCCUGGAGGAAGAGCUUGAGGUCAAAGGGCAUGGUGCUUUCCCAGCCCUAGACAUGCUGAUCUACCUGAAGGUGACGGCGCUGCUGUUUCCUACCUCUGACUUCAGGCACCCUGUCACAACUCCAGCGCUGCUAUACAUUAGCCAGGCUCUUACCAAGUGUCCAGUGAGGUCAUUGCAGGACGUUACAUCUGGUUUAGUGCUUUGCUGUCUGGCAGUGGAGUACGUCUCUUUUUCAAAGCGCUUCUUACCUGAGCUCAUUAACUUCCUGGCUGGAACGCUACACCUGGCAGUCAAGGACAAGUCCUCUCUAGGUUACGCCGUGGUGCCGCCUUUCAGGUCGUCUGGGAAGAAAAAUGAUCUGCUGGUGUUAUCGGAUGUUGAGUCCUGCAAGAAAUGGAGCAAGAAGGAACUGCCACUGUCUGCUACCCAACACCUGGAGCUCAAAACAGACCUGGACAGAGACCAAUACAGGUUGAUGUGUUUGUCCACCUGCCUGGACUUGGUGAAGCGCUGCUGCCUGCUUUACAAAGACCUCACAUCCUUUCCACACAUCUUCCAACCGAUCAGAACGCUGCUUUUCAAACAUCUUUUAGCUCAAACGUUACCAGAGCCUUUACAGGAGCUUCACAGUACGAUCCUGGAGGUCAUCAGCAGUGUUUCAGUCACUAACAAUCCACUAGUGUUUGAGAAGAAGAAACCUAUCCCUCUGAAGCUGCUCACUCCCAAGAUUGUUGAAGUGUUGGACUACGGGAAGAAGCGUGGCAGCACCAAAGAGCAGAAAGAGCAGGAGCGACUGAAACACAAAUACAAGAAGGAGUUCAAAGGAGCUUUGAGGGAGAUCAGGAAGGACUCGCGCUUCCUGGCCACAGAGAAGCUCAAUGAAGUCAUGAGCAGAGAUGCUGAGAGAAAGAGGAAGGUGAAGGAUCUUAUGGGCAGCCUGGCCACUCAGGAGGGAGAGUGGAAGGCCUUAAAGAAGAGGAAGAGGAAGUGAAGAGGGGGAUGAUUUUCUCCGUCUUCUCUUCCCUGUCAUACAGACUCGUGUUCAGCUUUGCGUGUGCAAGGUUCAAAUGUGAGGAACUGUGUAGAUCCAGUUUGAUCAUGACGACAAACUCAACUUGUUAACAUGCAUUUUAUACAGUUAAAUACUAGCUGUCGGGAUCGAGUUGUUAAGUAUUCUGGUGUAGACAUUUGACUGCAGAUAGUUCCCUUUUUGUUCCAUCAGAAAAAUAAAUGUCUUUUUAUCUUUAA